UGGGUAUGGGCGGAGUUGAGUGUUUACGUUCUUGAAUCCACGUGGUGACGCAUACUGUCGUUACGUAAACCGUUCGGCGCAAAAAUUCAAAUGUUCUCAGGAAGAAAAGUGCAUCAGUACAAAGUAAAACACGCUUCAUGUUAAUUUAGGCAGUUUAACCUUUAUAUAAAGAAAGAUACGUUCACUGUUGCAGAAGCGUUGGAUAUAAUCGAGUCACGAUGAGCGCAUCCUCCACACCCAUCUCCCGGGUGCGCCAGUGGGCCUCACCGUCCCUGAAGCACAAGGGCGCCUCUCCUGCCGCCAUCAGCACACCGCUCCUCGCAUCUUUCCCGGGCAACGAUGAUGAGCUGGAGCGGCGCCAGAGGCGCAGAUCCCGGGUCAUUGAUCUGCAAGCCGCCGUUGACUCUUCAUUUAAUGAAUCUACCUCUCAUAGCACCACCGGGACCCCUGCCGCUGUGCCUAAGCUGUCAAAUGCACAGAUCUCAGAGCAUUACUCCACCUGCAUCAAACUUUCCACUGAAAAUAAAAUUACCACCAAGAAUGCCUUUGGUCUCCACCUGAUUGACUACAUGGCUGACAUCCUCAAACAGAAAGAUUCUGAGCUCACAAAUUUCAAGGUGGCAGCGGGUACCUUGGACGCCAGCACUAAGAUUUACGCGGUCAGAGUGGAUGCUGUCCAUGCUGAUGCCUACAGAGUGCUGGGAGGACUGGGUGCUGAGACCAAGCCUGGGGAAGAGCAUGGAGCAGGGGCAGGAGGAGAGAUGGAGGAGGGGGCUGAAGGUGAGCUGGCUGCUAAGCAGGUGGUGAAGAAGAAGAGGCCUCCCAAGAAGACUGUGGAGCAGAACCUGAGCAACAUCAACAGCUCUGAGUCUGAGAUGAAGUGUGAGGUGGACCCCAUGUUCCAGCGCAUGGCGUCGUCCUUCGAUGAGAGCAGCACGGCAGGUGUCUUCCUGUCAGUGUUGUUCAGUGAGGACAGUCGCUGUGAGCUCCUCUUUCCCUCCCACAUGACCCUGUUGCACUCCAGGCCCGCUUACUCCCAGCCUCCACCGCAGCACGUCCCUGCAACGCCCUUCACAGGUGGUCUCCAGCGGAUCCAGGAGAAGAGCUCUAUCUGCCCUUCCCUGGCAGACUUCUCUUUCACCAGCUGGAACCCUGACCAGACCAUGAACCAGAUGCUGGAGAAGAUAAAGCAGGGGGAUCACGUGUUUGACGUGAACGCGGAGGCAGACGAGGAGGAGUGUCAGGACUUUGGGGAUGAUUUUGAUGGCGACUAUGAGGAGGGUCAGGGGGACCAUGGUGGCGACGGCUCCAAGGAACACGGUGGCGAAGGCUCCAAGGAACACAAGGAUCGCUGUGAGGCUGGAGGGCCCGGGAGAGGAAGGGAUGUGAUUCCCAUCGGAGAGGGGGACAUAGCCACCAUGUGUCUGCAGCUGUCCGAUCAGCCCAGAGAGUACUCCUACUUCAGCCCCAGGACCAUGGCUACCUGGGCAGGCCCUGGCUACUGGCGCUUCAAACCUCUGCACAAAAAGGACAACAUGCCUGAGAAGGAGGGUCGCAAGAGAAAGCCAAAGAAGGCCUUUGAAAUCGACUUUAAUGACGAUGUCAACUUUGACACCUACUUCCGCACCACUAGAGCCGCUACCACUAACACCAAGUCAGCCCUCAGCACAAGAAACAAGAAGAACACUCUGGCUGCAGACUUCCAGUUCCCCCCUGAGACCCUGUCCCAACUCCGCCUUAAGCCCGCCAGCACAUUAUGUAAAGAGGGUCAGAAGAGGUUGUCUGGAGAGCUGGGGGAAGGCAUCGGAGACUACGACUACAACAAUGCCAAUGACACAGCCAACUUCUGCCCCGGACUGCAGGGUGGUGAAAGUGAUGAUGAUGGUGAAGGGUUCAGUGGGGGUACAGAUGACGCCCAGCCUUCUGUGGAUGGUAACCCCACCUCACAAGACCAUGACGACGUGUCCACCUAUGGGGAGGAUGACCUGGUGCCCGAGCCAUACAGGGUGAACAAGAUUGAGAUAAACUACGCCAAGACAGCCAAGAAGAUGGACAUGAAGAGGCUCAAGAACACCAUGUGGAAUCUUCUGACUGACAGUCUAGAAAAACCAGCCAAGGAGGUUGAAAAUGUGGAGACUUCAGAAGUGUCUGGGGAGAAGGUCUUCAGCCAGACCACACAGACCCUGCGUCAAAGCUUGCCCCCCAACAUGGCUCAGAACCUGUCCGUGCCCCUGGCGUUCGUCGCCCUGCUGCACUUGGCCAAUGAGAAGAAUUUGGAGCUCAUCAAGGUGGACGACAUGUCAGAUAUCAUCAUCAAGCAAGGUCAAUGAAAAGGGAUAGACAAUGGGACAGAGUUAUUGCCUUUUCUCUUCAAUCUGCUUAAUUUCACUUUUUCUAUGUAUAUGAUGAAUUAUGGGCCAUUCAUAUGUCAAGCAAAGGCACCCUCACAUUUAGAUUUUGAGCCUGUGAAAGAUGUUAUUUCUCAAAUGUAUAAUAAGUGGCCCUUUUAAAAUGACUCAUCUAUUUUAUUAUCUGAAGUGUUUUAAACAUUUACCUGUACUUUGUUUAAUCUGUCCUUUUCCCCCCCUCUACGUCUAUUGUGUGUAGAUAAUAUAAAUCCUUCACUCCUGCCUUCCUCACAACGGUGGAAUGUACAUACAUACCAAAACAAAUAAAACAUUUGUUUUCUAAAUGA